AUGUCUGCCACAGGGGAUGGAAACCCGGCUGCAGGGGAUGGAAACCCGGGCCCAGGUAGACUGGAGAGCCCCGUGGGCGUGGCGGGAGCAAGGGUCAUCGGCGAAGCAGGGCCUCACGGGGGCGAUGGCGAUGAGAUAGGGGCGGCUGGAGGCGCAAGCGCCGCUGGGGGCCUAGGGCAGGAAGAGGGGCAGCUGGCGGCUGGUCAGGCCAUGGCCGGAGCCAUGGAUAGUGGGAGCAGUGAGGAAGACUCUGACAUUGAGCCUGCAGACGACGGAGAGGAGAACGUGCUGGGGCCCAACAACAUGGUGAUGGGCGCCCACCACAUUCCCAUGAUGGGCUUCCGUUUCGUAUUCCUGGACUUGAUGGACUCGCUGCUGUACCGCGUCUACUUCAACCACCAUGUCCUCGUGCGGCCCAAUGGCACCCACGCGCAAGUGCCGGAAGGGCCUCAGAUGGCACAAGGCAUGGCCGAGUUGCCCACGCUCCCGAUGCCGGAGGGCCCGGGAGAGGGUGCCCUGGCCCAGGAGCCCGAGGGCUCAGGAGAGGAGGCCACGGCCCAAGAGCCCGAGGACCAGCCUGAGGCCGAGGCCGAGGAGGAGCCCAUGCAGGAAGCUGGAGCCUGGGAAGAAACAACUGAAUACCAGUGUGAAAACUCUGAGGAAAAGGCCCAAGAUACUGAAAGUAUGGAAGAAGAAAAGGAGUUUAACAAAGAACAAGAAGGACCCGAAAUGGACGUGGACCCAGCAGAGAGUGGGCCUGGAAAACCCAGCUGGAAGGAAUAGAAAGAAAAUGGAGA